AUGACAGAAACAGUAGAGGACAAUCCUGAACAGCCGAAAUAUAAGCCUAAAGCCGGUUGGACGAUCCCGCACCGGCUUGAUUUAAUGACGUUCAUUGGCAAGGAGGUGUUUGUUGUAGCCAAUGACGUUUAUAUUAUAUUUCUUAACCUAAAAACUGCCCAGGAGAUAGUGUAUACGGCUGACAGUGCUGAGAAAGGUGAUGGCGUCGACGCGGUUUGUGACAAGGAAGUGAACAGAUACAAAGGCUUAUGUAUGAUGGAGGGGGAGUUGAUAGCGGGCUUCACUGGCUUCCCCAAUUACAUCUGCACCAUAUGGAGCUGGCGAACUAAUCAGCGGUUGGUCCGCGUGUCAACUGGCGUGAUCAGGCGAAAGCAGAUUUACAUGGCAAGUCGCAUGCAUAUGACUGUCUGCCAAUGCUGGGGAGAAGGUUUGAUUGUAUGGGAGGUAGGGCAGUGCUACAAGAAGUGUUUCUUACUACGCCGAGCGAAGGAGGAGGUCACCGGCUGGGAAAUCUCUGAGCCAACGCUCGUAGACGUGUGUUGGUGCAACGAUGGAACCCUGUACGCUAUUGAUUCCCUGGCUAACCUGUAUUAUAUAGUGUCAGACGGCAUUGCCAUGGUUGCUAAUUUGGAGUUUGAGAUGAUAUCCUACGGGAAAAAUCGACCUCACAUGUGCGCUUUCGGCAACGGCCUACUUGUUUAUGGACCUGAUAAGAAUAUCAGAUCUUUGAAGAAAGAUGACGAACAUAAAAGCUGGAAGGUGGUAUGGAUGUACGAGGUACAAGACGUAGUGGAGCGAUUGGUGAGCAACUGCACCUGUGACACAGCCGUCGUAUGGACCCGUCUGGGUUUCGUUUACAAGAUCACGGGUGAUUCCGAGGAGAAGAUUGACAUCCACUUGUUUACUUUUAAAAUGAGAUACAUAACAAAAAUCCAACUGCUCGCCCCUGACUACAAGUAUUUGGCAGCGAUGAACGAAUUUGGUACACUGGCGAUAUAUGAUGUGUAUACUACUGAACUUCUCCUCAUGAGGCACGUGAUAGGCAACGAUAUAUCUUUCGUGGUGAGCCCCACUGAAAUGCUUAUAUUGAUAUUUGGAGAAGUGGGGGGCAACUAUGGCAUGGCACUGUACACGUACAAGCCUACGGAUACAUUGGAGCAAGUGGCCAGAAUGUGCCUAACGCACCAGAUCGUGUCAAGAGUUACCUUCUCUGCUACGGGGAGAGAAAUCGUAGCGGGGGCUAUGUCCGCUGGGCAUAUCUUCAUCAUUAAGCUUUCUGAAGACUACAAGUUGACCCUGGUCAGGUACACCGAGAUCGGUCGAGGUCUCGCUGAUCUCUUUCUCAUGAAGGUCGGUGAUGCCGUGAGAUGUUUUUCACUCGUACUGUUCUCUGACAAAUACGCCAUAGGGGAGCGAGUAGUCUGCAUAAAUGCCGAAACAGGGAAGGAGAAUAAAUUCGCUGGCAAAAUGCAGGGUCCUUAUGCUCAGUUCAUGCCUUGCGAAACUAAAGACACUCUGAUAGCAGUACCUCAUCUCAGCAGACAAUUACACGUAUUGAAACUAUCAGGAGACAAAGGGGUAACAGUUGCAGUGAAGAUGGGUCCAAUUAUUGACACAGGACAUCAAAUGAAGCAUUACGAGACCUUUAACAAUAAGAGCGCAUUUCUGACAUUCGGCUACGAGGGCCAUGUUAUACUCAGGAAGCCUCAUGUUCCAGAAGAAUAUGAUUUGAAGUUGAUAGUGACGCACCGCUAUGGUAGCGGUGGUCGUGGUGGCAUUAAGCAGGCGCUCAUCGACGACAGCAACAAGUUCAUAAUCUCUUUAUCCGGCAAUAGUACCUUAUCUUGCAUCUAUCUUAACAGCGACGAGUUUGACCAAGAAAAUGUAAAACAUAAAGCCCCAGAUACAUCUAUACUUGGAGAACAGGAACAAGACAAGCUAAAAAUAAUAAAUGAAUAUGAUAAAAACUAUCUUGACUUACAAGAAGAGAAGAAGGUUUACGAAGAAACGAUGGACUUCAAGAGGCAGCGAGAUGAAGUUUGUAAAACAUUCGCGAUGUUACAGAGCAAGUUAGUGGAAUUGUUAGAGGAGAAUAUAGCUGAGAUACCAUUACACCAAUUGUCACUAUCUGAGUUCAAUCUGCACCAUGAGGCAAAGAGAGAAAGGAUUAAACAGGCUGAAAAAGAACGAGAAAUGAUACGGCUAGAGACGGAAGCUCUUAUGAAAGCCCAAGACAAAGUCACCGCGUGGAUCAAAAAGUCUUGCUGGGAUUGUAUGCAGUCACAAAGGGUCAAAUUAUUCGCCGUAUUUAGUCACUACCAUGUGGAGAAUUUUGCUAUCCUGCCAACUCAACGAGACAGAUGGCCUGAGCUGACUCAAGUAGAGGCGCUUCGCACAGUCCAAAUGGAAGGUGAAGAAGAAUUUAGACCUUGGGAGGAACCUGAGAUAAUCGUCGAGGCUCUUACGGAAGAAAAUCUGUUAAAUGCACAGUCAGAACUAGGCCAGCAGUCUUCUCAUCGCAACGUUGUAGACGAUGAGGAGGAGGGAGUUGGGAGGGAGCUUUCCGACGCCGAGACGGAUGCGCCGGUGGAGGAGUCCUACGCUCUCUCGGGUUCAGCCGCGCACCACUUUAUAAAGAUCCUCCCGUUUGCCAUUCCGCAGACACUAGCCUACAGCUUCUUGCACAUGAACUGGCUUCAGCAAAUUACCAAGUUAACCACACAACAUUUACGUCAAUGGUUCAACAAACAAUUCGACGACCUGAUGGCUCUGAAGGUCAAGGAAGUCGGCCUUGUCAAAGAGAGAAACGCAAGACUCAGAUUUAUAGUUGAAGAACUUAACAAGCUCUCCGAUUUGCGAGGCAGUUUCCAUCAUCUUAUCGUAGAGAUUAAGGACCCGGAGUGGAGACAAGAGGAACAUACUCACAAACUAAUCAAAGUUGAGCCUGAGGAGUGUUCCAUAGAGCCGUAUAUUAGCCCGAGUCAAAUUGUUAUUAUACCUCCGGAUCCUGGACCAAAAGACGACUUUAAAGAGCGUGCACUUAUGGACAUGAUGGAUGGUGUUCUGGAGAAACUUUGGCAUGAAGAGAUCAAGAAACCCAUACCGGUGCCACAAUGUAUGCUAGAAAAAGCUCCAGAGCACUUUAAUGAAGAAGAUCUCCGCUUUGUGUUUGAUUAUGAAGCGAAAGUUGCCUUCCGCAACGAAGAACGAGACAAAUACCGCAAAAUGUUGCAUGCCGAGUAUGCAAAACUAUCCGCCACGCUGAACGAGGGAAUAGUCAAAUUUAACCAGAAGGUGAAAGAAACGUGGCUUUUAAGGCUGAGAAUAGAUUCAGUUAUUGGGCAGGAGAAUCUAAACCUAUUGCGUCUGCGCAGGGUCAAUCUGGACCGUAUUGAAAUGUCCGAAAAGAUAGAAAAGUACAGAGAAGAAAUUGCAUCAUUAGAAGAAGCAUUGGAGGUUCUAAAUCGUGAAUUCCAAAUAAUACAAGAACAAGCUAAUGAAUGCCAGAAUACGUACGAUCAGCUCACUUUGAAAGACAGAUCGAUGGAGAGGACUUUCAAAAACCACUUUAACGAUCUCUCACCAGUCAUCGUGGACCAGUGCUAUAAAUUUUUCAAAAAGAGACCGAAGUGGCACCAGCGAGCUAGCCUCACGCCUACAGUUCUGUAUGAGCUGGCGCAAGCUGUGGCCACCGGUGUCUGCGUCAGAGCGCUGCAUGCAGACUGUGUCGACUUCUUCAAGUCACUGGAACAGAUGGAUAAUAUUGUUAACAUGCCACCAGUUAUGGACGACCAGCUUUGGGCCACCAUGUGUAAACUGCGCCGAGCCAAGGCUGAAAACGAGAUUAGGAUGCGUGCAGUGGCCCAAGAGAUGGCGUACGUAGAGCAUGUGGCCCAGGUUUGGUCCCGGGCUAUUCAUGCGCGUCGUGUCGCACUCAACGUCAGCCACAAUAAGGUUACUGAACAUCGUUUGGAAGAAGAACUCACCGCCAGGAACAAAACAAUGCAGCUGGUGCUGCCCGCGGGACAGGUCGAGAUAGUAACGACAGGCCAUAUAGAGGACUUCGAAGACGCGACACUUAUCCUUCGAGACGACAUUGAAAAGAUCAACCAAGUUAUUUUGAAAGUAGGUGACAUAAAGUUACGCAUGAUGCGAAAGCAGAUGGACUUCCGCAAAGGUAUCUUGAGCAAGGAAUGGGAGCACGCACGGAUGAAGCUGAAACUGCGCCACAUGGAGCAGGAAUUAAACACCUAUAAGAAUCUCAAGAUACCAAAAGAGCUGCAGAGAUAUUUGAAGGACAAAGAGCGUGGCUUCACUGACGAGAUGGACUACAUACGCUUGGAGAGAGAGUUGGAGAGCAACAAGAACUCUGUCAACAAGAAACUCCAAGACUUGAUUCGAAAGGUUGAGGACGCUGAGGUGUAUUUAAUAAACAUAGACGAACAGGUGAAGAAGGUUGAUAACCUAAUAUUAAAACUAAAUCUGAAUGUAUCCGAAAAACGUCUCAAUGAAGACCCGCUGGAGCCUAUAAGGAUUCGUAGGAUCUUUAAAACUAGGAUGGAGACACUGAUAGCCCGUAGCCAGUUGAUCCGCGAAGUCCAAGCGAACCAUUCCACCAUCGUGAUGUUGCAAACUGAGCUGGAGCUGCUACGGCUGAAGACCUACCCGACACUGGCUAGCUUCCGUGAACUCGAUUAA